AUGGCUAAUGUAGACAACUAUAUUGGGCUCAUAGAUGAUAGUAAAAAGGAGAUUAUUAGUCUGUUGAGACAACCUCAUGAAAACCAAAAAGUUUCCGUUAUUGCCAUUGUUGGCCUUGGUGGUUUGGGGAAGACAGCUCUUGCACAAGUGGUGUAUAGUGACUGGGAAGUGCAGACUUUUUUUGAUAUGCAGAUAUGGGUGUGUGUCUCUGAUAACUUUGACGUUAAAACUGUUCUGAAGAAAAUAUUAGAAUCAAUUACUGAUUUCCAAAGACAAGAACAAUCAUUAGAGAAGUUGCAAAAAGAGCUUCGUAACAGAUUAAGUGGUAAGAAAUAUUUGUUGGUACUGGAUGACAUUUGGAAUGAGAGACAUGACAAAUGGGCUGAAUUGAGAAAGUACCUGAUGUGUGGCGCUCAAGAUAGUAAGAUCUUAGUGACAACUCGAAGUGAAAAUGUAGCAAAGGCAAUGAUUGCUAGCACUUCCUAUCCUUUGAAAGGUUUGACUGAUGAAGCAUCUUGGAGUUUGUUGAAGAACAUUGCAUUUGAUGAUGAUUCCAAAGGAGUGAAUCAAAAUCUAGAAUCAGUGGGGAAAGAAAUAGCCAAAAAAUGUAAAGGGGUUCCACUGGCAGUUAAAACCCUGGGAGGUCUGUUACGAGGACAAAACGAAGAAAGUGAAUGGGAGAAUGUUUUACCCGGUGACUUUUGGAAAUUAUGUGAAGAGCAAGAUAGUAUUAUGCCAAUUCUAAAACUCAGUUACCACAACUUGUCGCCAGAAAUGAGACAAUGUUUUGCUAAUUGCGCUUUGUACCCCAAGGAUUCAGAAAUUGCGAAGGAUCAGUUGAUUCAGUUAUGGAUGGCACAGGGUUACCUUACAUGUUCAACCGAAAAACAGCACAUGGAGGAUGUUGGUAUUCAAUUUGUAAAGAUGUUUUUGAUGAACUCAUUUUUCCAAGAUGCAACAAGUGAUGUAUACGGUGAGAUCAUUAGUUUUAAGAUGCAUGAUUUAAUGCAUGAUCUUGCAAUGCUAGUAGCUGGCAAUGAUUAUUGUUACUUGGAUGGUAAGGCAGAAAAAGUUGAAGGUAGACCCAUGCAUGUAUCAUUGGAAUACGAUGCCAUUCAUUUGCUGAAAUCAUUAGAUCCGAGCAGGCUGCGAACUUUGAUUUUUCCUUUGAUUUUGCCGUAUUUCUUAAAUAAGGAGAAAUAUUUGUCGGUUUUAAAGUCGAAAUGCUUACGCGUCUUGAGAAUGCAUUAUCUCUCUGAUUCCACUGAACAUUGGAAGCAUUCAAGAUACCUUGCUUUAACGCAACAAACAAGUCUUCCCAAAUCCAUGAGCAAUCUUGUUUUCCUACAAACAUUAAAAUUGAAGUGCGACGACGAAGGAUUAUUUUCAGAAGUACUCACAAAAUUGAGGUGCCUUGAUGUCGCUCAUUAUCACUCCAUGAUGAGUGGGGUGGUAGGUGCAUUGGGAAAAUUAUCCUCAUUGCAAUUCUUAUGGACCUUUGUUGUGGGAGACAACCAAGAAAUAAAAUAUGGCACACUAAAUGAACUGAAGGAUUUGAACCUAAUAAGAGGCAAAUUAGAAAUUAAGCAUCUCAGUCGUGUCGGAGAAGUGGCUCUGGAAUCUCAGGACGUAAAUUUAAAAGAAAAAAAAUUCCUUCAAUCCUUAGCUCUGGAUUGGUCGCAUGGAGACAUCCGUAACAGUGACAGCUUGCAAUUAUUGGAAAACCUUCAACCCCACCAUAAUCUCAAGCAUUUGGAGGUGAAUAAUUAUCCAGGCGUGCUUUUCCCAAAUUGGCUUACUCUCCUCACAAAUGUUGUUGAGAUCUCUCUGCAUGAUCUUUAUGAUUCUGCAGUAACCUUCUUCCCCUCUUUGGAGAGCCUCGCAUUUUCUCUGUCCCAGGCUCAGAGGAUGUUGACUUGCAUGCCUACUUUUCCAAAUGUUAAGAGUCUAGAAUGGUUUUACAGCAGUGCGGAGCCAUUAAUAGCAACACUAAACUCAACAUGUUCAGCUGACUCAUCUUCCUCUGCUGCUCCUCUUUGCAUGCUCAAACAAUUGACGAUUUUUGAACCUAUGAAUUUACCAAAGGGUAUGAUGCAAAAUCUGACUUCUCUCGAGUCUCUUCAAAUAGAAUCCUUUGAAAUUGAAACACUUGAGGAAUUUGAAAUUGGGUUUAAGGACGACACCAACUGCCUUCCUUCUCUGCAAAAAAUCAGCAUACAUGGAUGUGAAAGGCUAAAGGCUUUGCCAGAUUGGAUUUGCAACCUCUCAUCGCUUCAGCACAUCGUGAUCUUCUAUUGCCCAAAAUUGGCAUCGCUGCCCGAGGGAAUAAGUGGUCUUACCAAUUUAAAGAUCUUAGAGGUCUACGAGUGUUCCCUCUUACUAAAGAGUGCCGAACAGAGACAAGUGCUGUUAGUCGCCAAAUCGCACACAUCCCACGAAUAA